ACCUAAUCACUAUUUUUUAUCAUUGGAUACCUCCCUGUGGUUGAGCUUUCUGCACUGGCUGAUCCUUUUGCCGUUGCCGUUGCCGUUGCUGUUGCUGUGUGUAAAGAGAUGGAAGAGUUCCUGCUUGCUAGCUAGCUACUCAUCCCAUGCCUGCUGAUCAUUCUCAUCAAAAUCACCGCUCCAAAGGACUCUACAUGUUGCAGAUCUUGGUUUGUUCUUCAGAUCUAGCUCUUGGUUAUUCCAGUAACAAAGUGAGAAAAUUGAGAUUCUCAUUGUCAUUUCAGUACAUUUUCUGAUUAGUGUACGCAUACUUCUCUUUGCAAAUCUAUUAGCAAUCCAUCCUUGGAUUUUGACUUGGUUAUUGUAGAAAUAUAACAAGAGAAAUGGAGAUUCUCCUUCCCAUUGCUGGUGAAAUUGCUAAAAACUUGGUGGCUCCUAUUUGGCGACCCAUUUAUUAUCUGAUUUACUACAAACAUAACAUCGAGAAUUUGAAAGAGGAGCUUCAGAAACUGGAUGACAAGAGAACUGAGGUGGGGCUACGUGUGAAUAACGCCAAAAGCAACUUGCAGGUGGUUGUUGGUUCUGUAAUUCGUUGGCAAGAGAAAGCAGAUGGCAUUGAUAGGAGGAGUAAAGAAUUUCUUCAAAAUGAAAUGAACGUGAACAAGUGUUUGAACCGUUCUUCCUUGAGUAGAAAAGCUAAGAAGAUGACAGAAAAUAUGCUUGCUUUGCUCGAAGAAGCGAGGAAUUUUGGUGAAAUAGCCUAUCCUGAUCCUUGUCAAAAGAUAGAAUUAUGGUUCAGUGAUGAACGCAUCAAGAAUUUUAAAUCAAGGGAAUCAAUUCUAAAUGACAUCUUGAUGGCCUUAAAGAAUGACGAUCUUCGUGUGAUUGGGAUUUGCGGAAUGAGUGGUAUCGGUAAAACCACUAUGGUAAAGCAGCUUAUGAAAAACAUGGAAACAAAGAAAUUGUUUGACGAGUUUGCAAUGGUAGCCGUGUCUGAUACUCCUGACUUCAGAAAGAUCCAAGAUGAAAUUGCAUCUUGCUUGGGAUUGGAACUCAAGAAUGAUGAAAGUGAGGUGGUAAGAGCAAGCAAACUGCAUCAGAGGCUUACCAACUGUGAUAAGAGGAUCCUUCUAAUAUUGGAUGAUGUUUGGAAGGAGGAUGGUUUAGGAGAAAUUGGAGUUCCUCUAGGUUGCAGGAGCAAUGGAUGCAAAAUUGUGUUGACUUCACGAAAUGAAUUUGUGUGCUCUAGUUUGGGAAGUCAAAGAAAUUUCCUAAUGAAAGUUCUGAAUGAUGAAGAAGCUCUCGUUCUUUUCAAAGAGACAACAGGCGACUCAAUUGGCCAUGGUUUACUCGACACGGUGAAGGAAAUUGUAAAUGAAUGUGAAGGCUUACCAAUUGCCAUUGUAACUCUUUCCAAGGCAUUAAAAAACAAAAGCAAACACAUUUGGAAUGAUGUGCUUCGACAAUUAAAGAAUUCUAAGCUGGAAGAUAUCUCAGGAAUGAAGACAAAGGUGUUUUCUGCAAUUGAAUUAAGUUACAAUUAUUUGGAAGAUGAAGAGGCCAAGUCAUGCUUUUUGCUUUGUAGCUUGUUCCCUGAAGAUUUCAAUAUUCUGGUUGAAGAUUUGCUUGAAUUUGGAAUGGGCCUAAGGCUGUUUAAACGUGUUGAAUAUGUGCAUGAAGGAAGAGAUAGGAUCUAUAAGCUUAUUGAUAUGCUCAAAGGGUCAAAUUUGUUGCUUGAAGGUGAUGACAAAUGGAAAGAGUCUGUCAAAAUGCAUGACCUUGUCCGUGAUGUAGCCAUAUCACUUGCCUCCAGAAAUAAGCAGUGGCACACAUUACAAAGUCAAGCUAGAAUAAAUGAGUGGCAAUAUGGUGAUGGGUACAAUAAUAGCACUGCAAUUUCACUUCUGUGUGAAGACAUCAAAAAACUUAAAGAUCAUUUAAAGUGUUCGAACCUUGAACUCUUACAGCUUUGGAAUGAUUGUCAGAAUGAUUGUCAGUUACAAAGCCUUCCAAUCAACGUGUUAGAAAGGAUGAAAGGACUCAAAGUUCUAUCUAUAGCCUCCCGUAUCCCAUCACUGCCACAAUCAAUUGAUGUCUUGAAGAAUCUUCAAACCUUAUGCCUUUGGAAUGAUAGGCUAAACGAGAUGCAUACAAUUGGAGAUCUCGUGAAACUGGAAAUACUUGAAGUUCGUAGUUAUCGUUUAGAAGAGCUGCCAGCAGAAAUAGGAAAUCUGAAAAAUCUAAGGUUGCUAAACCUGCGCUGGGUCGAGAACCUUAGAUACAUUCCACCAGAUGUAUUAGUAGGGUUGUCCAAACUAGAAGAGUUGUAUCUGCCACAUAGAUAUAUGAUGAAAUGGGAAUGGAAGGAAGACGAAGAGAAAACCAAUGCAAGCCUCAGCGAGCUAGAGACUCAUCAUAUAACUGCAUUGCAUAUUACUGUAGUAAAUGCCUACAUUUCACCUAAAGAUUCAGUCUUUAGAAACUUAAUAAGAUUCCACAUUUUUGUAGGCGACUCAGAGGUUCAUAUUGUUCACAAAGAUUCAGAGAAUGUGUUGCAUCUUAAAGGAGAUGCGAGUGAUAUUAAAGGGAGUGGGAUAUGUGUUUUGUUGAGGAAAGUUGAAGUCUUGUAUUUGGAAGAAGUGAAAAAUUUGAAGAAAAUUCUGAAUGAGAUAGAAGAUAAUAGUUAUGCGGAUUUGAAGCGGGAUGAAUGUGUUGGUGCACUAGUGAGAAUUCCAGAGUCUCCAAAAAGUCCCCUCCCAUACUUGAGCAAUUUAAGAAAAGUAGAAAUAUAUGGAUGUGAAGAGUUGAAGUACUUUAUUCCACUAUCCAUGGCUAGAGAGUUGAGGCAAAUUCACAGCAUGAUUGUAGUGUCGUGCGAAAAGAUGGAGGGAAUUUUCUACAGAAACAAAGUGAAUGAUGAAAUUGAGUCGCCACUUACAACUCUCUGCUUGAAUAACCUUCCAAACUUCAUUGGAUUUAUCUACAAGGAUAUAGAAGAGUCGAGUGCAUCUGAAAUGAACAAUAGGAUACAAAUUGUUCAAUCUAAGACUGAACCAAUGGAAAAGAUUUCUAUAUUAUUUUCUUCUCUUUGGGUAAGACUAUCAAAGUUGCAAAAGCUUACCUUGUAUAAUUGUGGUUUAGUAAAAGCACUGUUUCCUUCUUCUGUUGCCCAGCAAUUUGUGCAGCUUAAAGAAUUAAAUAUCUCAGCAUGUUGUAAGAUGGAAUAUAUAGUUGCAGAAGCAAAAGAAGAAGAAAAAAACAAGGGCAUAAACAAAAUAGCAUUUCCUAAUCUAACUGAGCUUGGUCUUAAUGAUCUACCAGAGCUGGUGGCUUUCUUUGCAGACAAUGAUUUUUCUUUUGAGUUGUACUCAUUAGUAGAUUUGAAUAUAUGGUCUUGUCCUAAACUGAAGACACAUUAUUGUGAAACUCCAGACUCAUCAACUUUGAACAAAAGUUACGAUCAAAGUGAGCUCAAAGUCAUGUUCCCAACAAGCUCAAUUGCUCAACGCUUACUAAGAAGAGGAAAGCCAAAAGAUGUUUCCAAGAAAAAGGAUAUGGAGAUGGAGCAGCCAAGCACAUCUCAAAUGAAAAGUGGACCAAUGGAAAUGAUUUCUACAUUAUUUUUUCUACCAAGUUCACCAUUAUUAAAUUUGCGAGAGCUUCAUAUCUGUCACUGUGAUUUUCAAGAAGCAGCCUUUCCUCUCUCUGUAGCUCAACAAUUGGUGCAGCUUAAAGACUUAACCAUUUUGUCAUGUGAGAAGAUGGAAUACAUUGUUGCAAAAGAUAAGGGAAGAAGCAAAAUAGUAUUGUUUCCUAGCCUAACUUAUCUUGACCUUUCAUAUCUGCCAAAUUUGAUGGGUUUUUGCAAAGAUAAUAAUGUUUCUCUUGAGUGGUCUUUGUUAGAACAAUUAACGAUUUUUGGAUGUCAGAAAAUGAAGAUAUUUUGCGUUUCAGUUCCAAAAUCAUCAAAGUUGAGUACGAGUGCUGAGGUUGAUCACCUUAAUACUACCUUUUGUGCCACAUUGAUACCACGAAAAAGGAAAAAGCAAGAUAAUAAUUUCAGCAAAGAGGUUUCAUUAAUAAAGAAUCAGGGGGAUCCAUCUGUUAGCAAUAUUGAUGAAAGUUGUGCAUUUCCAUCCAAAUUGAUUCAACAGUUGCAAAAUGUGAAAGACCUUAAGAUUGAGGGUAUUGAUUCAGUGGAAGUAAUAUUUUCAUUUGAAGGGCUGAUUAAUGGAGGGCUCAAUUCAGUGGAAGACAUACGGUUAGUUAGUUUACCAAAUUUGAAGCACGUUUGGUUCAAGAUUCCACCAGAAAUCACAGCCUUCCAAAACCUGCGAAAGUUGAUUAUACAAGAUUGUGAUAAUUUAAUAAACCUUUUCUCAAUUUGCUCGGCCAAACUUUUACGAAAGCUACAAUCAAUAGAGAUUAGAAGGUGCAAGAGGAUGGAGGAAAUUAUUGGAAAAGAGGAUGAAGAAAUUAGCACGCAAAAAAUUGAGUUCCCUCAACUAAGGUCUCUGACAUUUGAGGAUUUACCCAACCUCAACAGUUUCUGCAAUAGGAUUUAUGCUCUUGAAUUUCCAUUUCUAGAAAGAUUGGAGUUUCGGAAAUGUAAAAGGAUGGAGACAUUCUCCUAUGGAUCAUUAAGCAUGCCAAAGCUAGAGAGGGUUAUGAUUGAGGGCAGCGAUUCAGUGGAAGUAAUAUUUUCAUUUGAAGGGCUGAUUAAUGGAGUGCUCAAUUCAGUGGAAGAGAUAUGCUUAGUUAAUUUACCAAAUUUGAAGCACGUUUGGUUCAAGAUUCCACCAGAAGUCACAGCCUUCCAAAACCUGCGAGAGUUGAUUGUAAUAGAUUGUGAUAAUUUAAUAAACCUUUUCUCAAUUUGCUCGGCCAAACUUGUAGGAAAUCUACAAUCAAUAGAGAUUAGAAGGUGCAACAGGAUGGAGGAAAUUAUUGGAAAAGAGGAUGAAGAAAUUAGCACGCAAAAAAUUGUGUUCCCUCAACUAAGGUCUCUGACACUUGAGGAUUUACCCAACCUCAACAGUUUCUGCAAUAGGAUUUAUGCUCUUGAAUUGCCAUUUCUAGAAACAUUGAAGUUUUUGAACUGGAAAAGGAUGGAGACAUUCUUCUAUGGAUCAUUAAGCAUGCCAAAGCUAGAGAAGGUUAUGAUAAAUAGAAGGUUGCAUCAAUUAAUGGGAUCUGAUCCAAACCUUAAUGCAAAAAUGAGUGAGUUGUUAAAGAUGAAUCAAUAAGAGGAAGAAGGAGAAGCUGAGUUUGAGUCGUGAAGAGGAAAGUGAUGAAGCUGCUUUUAAUGGAGAAUAGCAUUGGGAUCAAGGUGUUCAAUGAAGAUAGAAUAUUUAGGAUUUUUUUUUUCUCGAGUCUUGAAGUUGAAAAAAAUAAACAAUUUCCUUCUCUCAUGAUUUCUCAUCAACAAAAUUUCAUGAGUCUUAAAAUUCUAAGGCAGGUGUUAAAUAACUUUACUGUUAUUAAAGACAUAUGAAAGAUUUGUUCAUGUUAUUGUCAUGCUAUGUUUAGUUCUUUUCCUUAGUUUUUCAAUGGGACGAUAGACAACUUUAUCCAUAGUUCAUAUGGAUUGUCUAUCAUCAGUAAGGUGACUUCUUU